UAUUUAGUUAUUUCAGAUGAUCCAAGAAAAUUCUGGGGGUGUUCACCAAUUCUAAAUGUGUUCCCAUUGUUGUGCAGUUUUCAGUUUUUAUUGAUCCACCAACAAAGUCAACAGUCAACGAACGGGAAAAUGUCUGGUGAAUACAUUCCAGUGGUGGAAUAUCCCACUAGACUUAUAAUUGAUAUUCCUUUAUUGGAAAAUGGAAACCUUGCCUUGGAGACCCUGAUGUCACAAUUUGGUGACUGCACUGGGCUCCUAUAUUAUAAUCAAGGAAGUAAAUCCAUGGUGAAAAUUCCCCUUGUAGAUGAAGAAUUCCGUCCACCAGGAGGAGUCUGGCCUAAGGGACUUUAUAUCUGCACUUUUCCAAAAGGUUAUUGGGAUGAAUGGGACAGGGAACAAGCUGAUGAGAAACUAGAUUCCACUCCCAAUGUUGAUGAUUGCCAGGAUGGAGGUGGAAGACUAAGUCAGCUGUUGGCUGCCGUUGCUUUGGAGGAGCCAGUGCCCCUUGGUCCAGCCCAGGAAACUGCUCCUCCCCAGAUGGAUUCAGACCCAUAGGUGCAGCUUGGGAUCCUCAAGGAAUUGAGAACUGUUGGAGAUGUGUUAGUGGCAUGUGAGGAUCAUUGUUUGAUUACGCUUCUGAUGUGUUACCUUUUUAUAUUAUUUUGUACUUCAUUCAUGAGGAC